GUUUUGUCACUAUUCAUCAUCUACCUGUCUUCUCACUGACUUCAAAUCUUUUUUCUUCGUAUAAUAUCAAGUGAUCAUAUAUUAUAUAUCUGUUUUCAUGUGUAAUAUAAUCUGGUGAUUCAGAAUCAGUACUUACAGUAGGUUUCUUGCAGAGAAAACAACUGUUCGAACCCUAAACCUCUAAAAUCAUAUUGCUUCCCUGCAUGAAAGAUGGAAACUGGAGUUGUCAUCAUCCAAGAACCAGUCUUGAAAAAGACAAGUGUUGAAGAAGCUCCUGCAGGAGUGAUACUUGACCACUCAUCCAUGGAAGUAGGUAAGGCAAACCUGAGUACUGUUCUUGAUGAUGAGAUCACAAGCCGAGAUUGCAGAAACAAUAUUAUUUCGGGAGAAGCAGAUGUUGUAAAUGGUUCAGGGAAUAAAGAACGCGAGAGAUCAGAACUCGAAAAAAGAGAAGCCAUAAAGACUAAUUCGGUUGUAGAAGACAGUAAGAUCGUUAAAGAGAAAGCUAGUGAGACAGAUGAUUCUGAGAUAGUCUUAAGUGAUGUGAUUUCAGAGAAGGAGAUAGAAGAUGAUCUUACCCGUAAACAAGAAGAGGUAAGUAUCGAAAAGCCAAUAAUAGAAGAAGAUCAAACUGAAACCAAACACUCACCAGAGCAAGAAGAGAAGAUAAGUACCAACUCUAAGGUAUUGAAUGAUACUGCACCAGUUAAAGUCGAUGAAGACAACGUAAAGAAGAGCUUACUCUCGACUGAUCAAAUAAAAGAAGAAAAAGAUUCAAGAACUGUUGAGACAUCUGUAAAUGGAACAGAAGCUGAGCACAAUGCAACGGUUUCUGUAGAAGACAUUCCAAGAAACAGUGAGAACAUUGUGAAAGAAACAGCUCCAGAAGAGACAACAACAACAACAACAACAACAAAUGCUGAAACUGCAGAAAAAGCCCUUUUUGAAGAGGAAAAAGAUGCAGAACCGAGGCCGGAUGCAAAAGAAAAAGAUGAAACAGAGAUCGUUAGUAAUGAAGAAACUACAUCUCAUCAAUCUGAAAUAUUGAAAGGAGAUGAUCGACAGAAGGAGACUGCAGAACCAGUGGAAACAAUCAAAAACUCAGACGAUUCAGGGCAAGUCUCAAGUGAAGUGACUGUAGACCAUAAGGAAGAGGACACAAACCGAAAAAAAGAAGAGGUGCUAGGAAGUCUAACAGUUACCGAAACGCCGACAAUACAAGGAGAAGACACUGCAUUGAAAGCUUUAAAGGAUAAUGAGGAACCUGAACAUGUGUUGGUAAGAGACAUACCACAAGCUGAGACUUCAACAGUACAAGAAUCUGCAAUCUUGAAGACUUUGGAGACGAAAACUGAUGAAACAGCUGCAGAACCGAGUUUGGACCUGAAAGAUGAUAAAGAACAUGAGGAAGCAGAGACGGUAAAGACCAUCGUAUCAUCUGAGGAGGUGCAAGAAAGUAUUCCGGUAAUCAAGCCGCCACAAGUCUCACCAAAAGAACUUGAGGAAGAAGAAGAUCAAAGCUCCAAAGAUACUGAAGGAGAUGAACAUGUCUUGGGGAGAAACAUGCCACAGAGUGAGAUAUUUGUAACUAAAGCUGAGACUUUGGAGACCAAAGAAGAUACAGAGCCGAUUAUGGACCUGAAAGAGGAUAAAGAACAAGAGAAAACAGAGAAACUUGAAGAAAUUCCAUCAGAUCUUGCGUUGAAGGUUGAUAAAACGGAGCUAAAGGAUGAAAAGAUAAAGGUAGAUAAAGUUGAUGGAGCUCAGACUAUGGAGCAACAGAGAGGCUUAGACGUGAAUGAGUCAGAGGCAGAGCCAAUUGAUGGAAACAGAACCGAUGAAACAGAGGAAAGCCAAGUUGAAAAAUUGGUUUCUCUUCCGGAUGUAUCAGAGGCCAAAAGCAAAGAUGUAGCACUGCAUCAAGAAGAUCAAGAGGAAGGUUCCUAUGGAUUUGAGACAAAAGGUAGUGAGCUUGGAGAAAAAUUAGUCAUGGAAGAAAGGAGUGUGACUGAUCUGACUCCUCUGCAAGAAGAAUCAUGCCUGAGAAACAUGCAAGAAAACGAAACAAAAGUGGAGAAAGAAAAAAUAGACAAGCAUGAACUAGCAAAUGAAGAAGUUUCUAAUGACCAGCAGAGUCUUUUGGAAGAAAAUUCUGAUGAAGUUUCAUCUGCAGCACCUUCAGGUGAGGCUGUUGUUGAAACCAAAAAGAUUGAAGACAUAAAAGCGAAUGAAGAAGAAGAACAAGUAGGAGACAAGAUCCAGAAAACUGUUGAGACUGUUAAAACAGUUGAUGUCGAACCUGUAAAGUUUAAUGAAGACGAAAUAGAGGAGAGCUCAAACUCGACCCGUGAACAGAUACAGAAAAAGAGCGUGGAUAAAGAGAAUGUACCAAUAGGUGAGACUAAUGAAGUAAAUGAAGAAAAAGCUUCAAGAACUGCUGAGACCUCUGUAAACGGAACAGAGGUUGAGCAUAACGCAGCGGUUUCAGUAGAAGAAAUCUCGAAGAACACUGUGAAUGAAACAACUCCAGAACGAGUGGAAGCAAUCAAAAGUUCAGACGAUGCAGAGAAAAUAUCACAUGAAGUGAGUGGAGACAAAAAAAAAGAAGAGGACAUAACACGAAAAACAAAAGAGGUGCAAGAAAGUCCUACGGUAAUCUCAAUACAAGGAGAGAACAUCGACUUGAAAGCUUCAAAGGAUACUGAGGACCAUGAACAUGUGUUGGUAAGAGAUAUGCCACAGUUUGAGACCCUUGUAAUUGAAGCUGAGGCUGUAGAUGCUUCAAAAGUCCAAGAAGCUGCAAUUUCGAAGACUUUGGAGACCACAACUAAUGAAACAGACGCAGGCCAAGAGACAAAAGAAGACAAAGAACCGAGCCUGGACCUGACAGAGGAGGUGGAAGAUGACGAGACAAUGGUAGAUAAAGUUGAUGGAACUCAAACUACGGAGGAACAGAGAGGCCUAGACUUGUAUGAGCCAGAGGCAGGGCAAAUUGAUCUAAACAGAACCGAUGAAACAGAGGAAAGCCAAGUUGAAAAGCUAGUUUCUCUUCCGGAUGUAGAAUCGGUUGAGAAGAUGCAGAAGCCAUCUCCGGAGUCUCAUUCUGAAGUAUCAGAGGAAACAAGCACAACUGUCGAUGAAAAGAUCGAAGAAAAACCACAAGGAGAAGACUUAACACUGCAUCAAGAAAGUCAAGAGGAAGCUUCAUAUGGGUUAGAGACAAAAGAAGAGACUCCAUUAGUAGCAGAAAGUAGUGGCCUUGGAGUAAAAGCCCAGGAAGAAGAAUCAUGCUUGCCAAAAGAAACAGAGUUGCAGAAAGAGAGAACAGAGAAGCAUGAACCAAUAAAUGAAGUUCCUAAUGACCAGCAUAGUCUUGUGGAAGAAAAAUCUGAAUACAUUGAAGACAUAGAAGCGAAAGAGGAAGAAGAAGUAGCAGAUAAAAUCCAAAAAAGUCUUGAGACUAUCGAAAUAGCAGAACCUCAUAGUUCAUUGCCAUUAUAUUCAGAGGAGCAAGAUCAUGAAGCUGCUUCCGAGAAGAUAGAUGACAAAAAAGUGAAGGAGGAAGAACCGAUAGUCCAAACAUUAAGUGAGGAAGAUGUAACAAAAAGCCAUGAGAGACAAGAAGAAGUUUCUAAGACUGGAGAUACAACAGUCGUUAAAGAGGAGCAGACUCAAGCGGUGGAAAAAGUCAAAGAUGAGCAAAAAAAUGUUACAUCAACAACAAAUGGGGAAAAAAAAGCAAAUGAAUCUGCAACUGAAGCUGAGACUGUAGACGCUUCAACAGUACAAGAUGCUGCAAUUUUGAAGACUUUGGAGAACACAACUAAUGAAUCAGAGGCAGUUCAUAGCCCAAUUGGUGGAGAAGAAGAAGACAUAAAAUCGAGUCUGGACUUGAAAGAGGAUAAAGAACAAGAGGAAACAGAGACGGUUAAGACUGUCAUCUUAUCUGAUGAGGUGAGAUCGUCUGAGAGCCAGGGAAGAGAAGAAUCUGUUGAGGUCAAACCUAAGGAGAUUGUUCAAGACGAGAGCACUCAUGAGAAGGUUGAGAAUCUUCUUGAUGUACCAUCCCUAGAACCUUCUUCUAAAGUAUCUGAGGAAACAAGCAAAGCCGUAGAUGAGAAGAUCAAUGAAAAACUAGAAGAAGAAGUGACACUGCAUCAAGAAGGUCAAGAGGAAGGUCCUGGUGGGUUAGAGACAAAAGAAGAGACAAUUUCAUUUCCACAAAGUACUGAGCUCAGAGAAAAAUCACAGGAAGAAGAUUCAUACCCGUCAAAUGAGCAAGAAAAAGAAACAAAGUUACAGGAUGAGCAAAUAGAGAAGCAUGAAUCAGCAAGUGAAGAAGAUACUAAUGCACAUCAGACUCCUGUGGAAGAAAAUUCUGAUAAAGUUACACAAGUUUCAUCUGAGACCGUAGUUGAAGCUGAAAAGAUAGAGAAAAGUCUUGAGACUGUUGAAACAGAUGAGCCUCAUAGUUCAUUUCCGUCAUCUCCAGAGGAACAUGGGAGUGUUGCAAAAUGUGAGAAGAUAGAAGACGGAAAAGAGAAGGAGACAGAACCGAUGGGAGAUAUGACCGAGAAAGGUCCUGAUAUUUCUGGAACAAGAGAUCUGAAAUCUAGAUCACAUGGAACAGAGUCCUCUGAAUUGGUUACAGAAUUUGAGGAACAGAAGCCGAAGCAAGUCAAAGAGGUUCUUGAAGGGGAAAGAAAGGAAGUCGAUGAGACAAAAGCAGAAAGACUUCCUUCAAGUGAAAACAUUCCACAAGAGGCUCUCUCUGAUGUUGUGGCGCUCCAAACAAAAAGAGAAGACGAUGGAACAGAAAGCCACGAGAGGCAAGAGGACCUUUCUAAAGCUGUAGAGACGAAAGAAACAAUGGUUGCACAAGAAGACCAUACAAGAGAUAUUGGAACUUCUUUGACAGAAAAAGGUUCUAUGAAUCAGACUCAACAGGAAAAACAAGUCAACGAGGAAUGCUCCAGAUAUGAGAAGGAAGAGGUCAGUUUAACAGAAAAGGAACAAACAGAGAAAGAAGAUGAUAAACAUGUUGAUUCUUCAGAGAAAUAUGAUAGUGAGACUCAGCUUGCAGAAACAAAGAAAGAAGAUGAAGACAGAACUGUGGUUUUAGAUGGUUCAGGUACCUCAAAGACAUCAGAAAAUGUAUGCAUCAAAGAAGAAGAGUUUGAGAAUCUUGAAGCUCCAAAGCUAGAGGAGUCAAAAGAAAACAAGAGCCAUGAAAUUUCUGGAACCAUCAAAGCAAUAGAAGCUAAGGGUGAUCAGUCUCUAGCAGUUGAAACACCAGAGGCAAAUCAGACUCCAUCCUUUGUUUCAGAACUAGAAGACAAAAUUCCAAAGCAAAUUGAGGACAUUCAUGAAGAAGAAACAAAGGAAACACAAGAUUUACAAGUUGUGGUUGAUCGGAAUCUUCCAGUUGAAACAUCACAGAAAGAGCAGACUCCGACCUUGAUUUCAGAACAUGAUGAACUGCAGACUUCAAAGAAAGUUGAGGAGAUUCAUCAAGAAGAAACAAAGGCACACAAGUUGCAAGAAGAAGAAAAUCUCCCUACCGAAAUUGUUCCAAGAGAAUUCAGAGAAGAUUCAGUUUCCACAUUGGCUUCUGGAGAAGACGAUCAAGUGACUGUGCAAGAAGGUGAUUGUGCAGGUGACAAGAAAGAGGAAAAAGAUGUUUCUGCAGAAACAAAAGAGAGUGGAGGAGAAACAAAACCAAAAGAACCAGAAGUGGAAAGAGCAGAAAAUUCAGAUGAUCAGAUUGAGACUUCAACUAAAGUCACAAAGCUAGAAGAUGAAGAUACAAAGACUACGGAUACUGAAUUGCCACAAUAUCUGGAGAAUGCAUGCCUGAAGCAGGAGGAGUCAAAGGAGCUCGGAGAUGAGACUAGCUCAACUCUUCCAGUUGUUGGAAUCUUGAAAGAACUCCAAAAUACCUUAGAGACUGAGAGAGAAGUCAAUGACUCCUCACCAUUGGGAGAAAAAAAGAUAAUAGAGCCAACUGAACAACUACAAGAGACAGAUGAUGCUGAUGCUGAAUCAAGUGUGAAUGAUCUGCAUUCAUGCAAGGCUGAACCAGAAACCCUGGAGAAGAAUCUUGUUACUGAUAUGAGCGAGCCAGUAUCUGAAGAAAAAAAUGAUAAGAAAGUCAUGGAGGAAUCCUCAGCUUCUGAGAUAAUAGAAGCAAACAUGCUACAACUUGAUGAAACUGGGGAAGCUGAAAAAAUUCAGGAAGAGGACAUUCUUGCAGGAAAACCUCUUCCAGUUGAAGAGUUCAAGUUGCAAGAGGAACAUAAAGAAGCAGAAAAGGUACAAGACGGCAUAAGCAGAGAGUUUGAAGUUAUUGUCGAAGACAAAUUAAAAGACGAAACUAAGGAGAUUGCAGAGUGCAAGGAAGAAACUCCAGCUGGUCUUGUAGUCACAUCAGAGAAGCAGAUCACAGUGCCACCGAGUGAAGCUGAGAAAGAAUCAAAUGAAGAACAUGUUGAAUCUCAAGCGAUAUUAGAUGAUACAAAGAGAAACAACGAAGAGGUUAAUGCAGAUAAAUCUCUCACAAAAGAAGCACUAGAUAAACUUCAAGUUCCAUCCUCAGCAGAACUGAAACCAAGUGAACUCAUCACAAGCGAAAACGUCCAAGUGCAAGAUCAGUCCAAGGAAUUUGAACAAGAGAAGAAGUCGAGUGGUCUCACACAUGUCCAGGAAGAUAGUGGUAAAAAUGCUAAACUAGAAGUUCUUGAUGAUGAAAUAAGAGGUGAUGGCCAUGAUUCAGUUGUAACAAGAAAGGAAGAAACAGGCUCAACAGAGGAGAAGAGGGAGGCUGAUUAUGUGAACACAGAGCCGGAAGAUGAUAUCAAACAUGGAGUUUCUGCAGAAGAGAGGAACAACUCGUGUGAAAAGACUGACCGUGAAGCAACAGAAGAUAAAUAUCAAGAGAAGACUGCUAUCAAGGAAGAGAUCAAAGAAGAAGAGAAGGAAACAACGCAGGAAAGUUUCAACAGUAUGAAGAACACAGAUGAUGCAACAGAGAAAACAAAACCUGAGAUUCUGGAGACCGAAAACUUGUCUUCUGUCAGUGACAACACACAAGACAAAUCAUUAAAGCAAAAAGAUGAAGUUCCAAACCAGCAGAAAGAUGAUGAUGUUCCAAAGGUAGAGAAUCUAAAGAUUGCAGAAGAAUUGCAGCAAAAAGAUGGAGAAUUUGACAAAAACAAAGAACCUGAACCAACAGUGAAAGAACCGGCAAGGAAAUCAUUAUCUGACCUCAUCCAAAAAGUGAAAGGAACAAGCAAUAUUGAAGAUAAUACAACAAAACCACAUAUCGAAGAAGAUCCCAAAACAGAGGAAGAAGAUGAGGAUGAAGAUGAGCAUAAAGAUGAUAAAACAAGUCCAGAUUCUAUUGUGAUGGUUGAAGCUAAAGAUACUGUUAGCAUUACCAAAACCAAUAACAAGAAAUCACAAGGCAUUCUCUCUGGAGUUGGUUCAAAGGUAAAGCAUUCAAUUUCAAAGGUGAAGAAAGCACUCACUGGGAAGUCUUCUCAAUCAACAAAGCAGUCUCUAUAAUGUGUUUUUUUUUGUUUUGUUUUCUGGUUUGUUGAUUGUUUUGAUUGGUUUUUGUGAAUAUCACAGAUUUGUUUAUGUGUUUUUUUUUGUUCGUUUUCAAUAAAGUGCAGAAUGAAUUGGUGUGGCUACAUUUUCAUAUGUUUGAGAAAAAAUGAUUAUAUAUAA